AUGCGCUCACCAGAAAAGGAAGAAGAACUAUCCACUAUCGAAAACAUCUUUUUAACUAAAGCUGGAUGUUCAAGACAAGGAAAGCAUUGCAGCCGCGAUAGCUUCUGGAAUUGAAAAAUUCGGAAAUAUCGAUGCUGUGGUAAACAAUGCAGGUUUUGGCGUACUGGGUGCAUUUGAGAAAUCGACUUCAGAACAGAUCAUGCAGCAAUUCAGUGUGAAUGUAUUUGGUGUAAUGGAUGUCAUUAAAGCUAUUCUCCCACAUUUCAGAACAAGACAAUCAGGCUUGAUCAUUAAUAUUACCUCACAAGGCGGAAGAGUAACUUUUCCAACUUGCAGCCUUUAUCACGCUACUAAAUUUGCUAUAGAAGGAUUCUCUGAAUCACUGGCUUAUGAGUUGCUUUCACAAAACAUUUCAGUCAAAAUUAUUGAACCGGGAUCAACAGAAAGUAAUUUCUUUAGUGCAGUAAGUAUGGCGGGCGAUGAGCGCAUCACUGCCUAUGAAGAAUUUGAUAAAAUUGCGCUUAAUAAUUGGAACAAAAACGAUACUAUGAGUUCUAAAACAGCAGAAAUCGCCGAAGUCAUCUACACAGCAGCUUCUGACAAUAAAGAUCAAUUACGUUAUAUGGCCGGAACAGAUACGCAUUUAUAUUUUGGUGCAAGGCAAAAUAAAAGUGAUCAGGAUUAUGUGGAUUAUAUGAGGAAAUUAUUUAUUCCGGAAAUAUUAAACAAAGAAUUUAAAUGA